AUGCCUCCCCUUCAAAGCCUCGCGCUUCUCAUCCUCCUCCCCCUCGUCUCCCCAAUGUUCCUCGUCCCCCGACCCUCCUGGAACGCCACCCCGCCAACAGAACCCUACAAACCCAUGCCGCCCACCAACCACGGCACAAAAAUCCACUAUGUUGGCCCCGUCUACACCACCCGGCCACACGCCCACUGCAGCGCAUACAUGAAAUCCAUACAGGACGACCACCUCGCAAACCCCGAGCAGGGCUGGAUGGACAUCGCGUAUAACCUGGCCGUGUGCGAACACGGGUACGUCUUUGAUGGGCGCGGGAAGGGCCAUAUGUCCGGGGCAAAUGGGAACAGUACACUGAACGAGAAUCAUUAUGCGGUUCUUGCGUUCUUGGGGAAGGUUGGGCUGAUGGAGCCGACGGGGGACCAGGUUGAGGGGGUUAAAGAUGCGGUUGCGUAUUUGAGGCGGGCGGGUGCGGGAGAGGAGAUUCGGGGACAUAGGGAUGGCUGGAGUACUGAGUGUCCUGGGGAGAAUCUUUAUAAACUUGUUACUGGGGGUGGAUUGGAGCCGGGGAAGUUGUGGGAUGGGGGGGAGCAUGUUGUUAAGCAGGGUGAGACGGUGGAGUGUAUUGCGAAGGAGUAUAAUGUGCCGGCGAGGUAUAUUGUUGCUGUGAAUGGGCUGAAGGGGGUUGAGGAUGUGAAGGCUGGGGAUGUGCUUGAGAUUCCGGCUAGGGGGGUGCCGAUUGACCCGAGUUUGUUCCCGCCUGAGGAGGGGGAUGGGGAUGGUGAUGGUGGUGAGCUCAAUUAUGAGGAGUUUCCUGGGACGGAUUUCUUCAAGAGCGAACCGGAUAGUCCGAUUGUGAAGUCUAUGGGGGAGAGACUGGUUGAGAUUGGUUGUGGCAAGUAUAGCGAUGGGCCUGGGACGCAGUGGACGGAUGAGGAUCUGGCGAGCUAUACCUGCUGGCAGGAGGCCCUUGGAUUUACGGGGGCAGAUGCCGAUGGAUGGCCUGGGAAGACGUCUUGGGAUCAGUUGCAGGUUCCGGCUGUUGAGUGA